CGAAUUGUGCAGACCCAAAACUGAGUAUCUGAAGUUCAGAGAGCUUUGAGAGUGACAACUAUGGCGUCGGUAGGAGCAGCCGCAGGUGGAGGCGUAGAGUGGCAUGUCAGGCCUCCUAACCCUAAGAAUCCAAUAGUUUUCUUCGACGUCACCAUUGGCACUAUUCCCGCUGGUCGUAUCAAGAUGGAGCUCUUCGCCGAUAUUGCUCCAAAAACCGCCGAGAAUUUUCGGCAGUUCUGCACCGGAGAAUACAGGAAAGCUGGAUUGCCUGUUGGUUAUAAGGGAUGCCAAUUCCAUAGAGUAAUCAAGGAUUUUAUGAUUCAAGCUGGUGACUUCGUCAAGGGUGAUGGCAGUGGAUGUGUUUCCAUUUACGGACAUAAGUUUGAGGAUGAAAAUUUUGUUGCUAAGCACACUGGACCAGGUUUAUUGUCAAUGGCAAAUAGUGGGCCUGGGACAAAUGGAUGUCAGUUCUUCCUUACUUGUGCCAAAUGUGAUUGGCUCGACAACAAGCACGUGGUGUUUGGGAGGGUACUGGGUGACGGCCUUUUGGUUGUCAGGAAGAUUGAAAAUGUAGCUACUGGCCCUAACAACCGACCAAAACUGGCUUGCGUUAUCGCUGAAUGUGGUGAAAUGUAAAACUUGAGUUACACACUUCUACUCUGUUGCCCAAAAUGUAUACUUCUCUAAUUGUCAUUAUAGAGUUUAACUUCCCUGCCAGUUUCUGCUGAAAUGGAAAGCAGACCAUGCUUUUUAAGGAUGUGAAUCUGUUCAAUACAAUGUGCCUUAGGUCCUUGAUAGCAUUUCGGACGUGUUGUCGGUGGGUGCAUGUCAGUUAUAAC